GUGGACUUGUCAAGGCAGACUCUUCGGGCUGGUUUGGUCCAUUUCUCCCGCGAAGAGUAGACAUGGCGAGCGACUCCCCAGCUCGCAGCCUGGAUGAAAUCGAUCUCUCCGCCCUGAGGGACCCUGCAGGGAUCUUUGAGUUGGUGGAACUGGUCGGAAAUGGAACGUAUGGUCAAGUGUAUAAGGGUCGUCAUGUCAAAACAGGACAGCUUGCAGCCAUUAAGGUUAUGGACGUCACAGGGGAUGAAGAGGAGGAAAUCAAACAAGAAAUUAACAUGUUGAAGAAAUAUUCUCAUCAUAGGAACAUCGCAACAUACUACGGUGCUUUCAUCAAAAAGAACCCUCCGGGCAUGGAUGACCAGCUAUGGUUGGUGAUGGAGUUCUGUGGUGCUGGCUCCGUCACUGACCUGAUCAAGAACACGAAGGGCAACACACUGAAAGAAGAGUGGAUCGCAUACAUCUGCAGGGAGAUCUUACGGGGCCUGAGUCACCUGCACCAGCACAAAGUGAUUCACCGAGAUAUUAAAGGGCAGAAUGUCUUACUGACUGAAAAUGCAGAAGUUAAGCUAGUGGACUUCGGAGUGAGUGCCCAGCUUGACCGAACAGUGGGCAGGAGGAACACAUUCAUUGGGACCCCCUACUGGAUGGCACCAGAAGUCAUUGCCUGUGAUGAGAACCCAGAUGCCACGUAUGAUUUCAAGAGUGACUUGUGGUCUUUGGGAAUCACCGCCAUCGAGAUGGCAGAAGGAGCACCCCCCCUCUGUGACAUGCAUCCUAUGAGAGCCCUCUUCCUCAUCCCCCGGAACCCAGCACCUCGCCUCAAGUCUAAGAAGUGGUCAAAAAAAUUCCAGUCAUUUAUUGAGAGCUGCUUGGUAAAGAAUCACAGCCAGCGACCAGCCACGGAACAGCUGAUGAAGCAUCCAUUCAUUCGAGACCAACCUAAUGAAAGGCAGGUCCGCAUUCAGCUGAAGGACCAUAUCGACAGGACAAAGAAAAAGCGGGGAGAAAAAGAUGAGACUGAGUAUGAAUACAGUGGAAGCGAGGAGGAAGAGGAAGAGAACGACUCCGGGGAACCCAGCUCCAUUCUGAACCUGCCAGGGGAGUCAACACUGCGGCGAGACUUCCUGAGACUGCAAUUGGCCAACAAGGAGCGCUCAGAGGCCCUGCGGCGGCAACAGCUGGAGCAGCAGCAGCGUGAGAAUGAAGAACACAAGCGGCAGCUGCUGGCUGAGCGCCAGAAGCGCAUCGAGGAGCAGAAGGAGCAGAGGCGGAGGCUGGAGGAGCAACAGAGGCGAGAGAAGGAGCUCCGGAAGCAGCAGGAGCGGGAACAGCGCCGACACUAUGAAGAGCAGAUGCGCAGGGAGGAGGAGAGGAGGCGUGCGGAGCAUGAGCAGGAGUACAUCAGGCGACAGUUAGAGGAGGAGCAAAGACAGUUAGAGAUCUUACAGCAGCAGCUACUGCAUGAACAAGCUCUACUUCUGGAAUACAAGCGCAAACAGCUGGAAGAGCAGAGGCAAGCGGAAAGACUUCAGAGGCAGCUAAAGCAAGAGCGGGACUAUCUGGUGUCCCUCCAGCAUCAGAGGCAGGAGCAGAGGCCCUUGGAGAAGAAGCCGCUGUACCAUUACAAGGAGGGCAUGAGUCCCAGUGAGAAGCCAGCCUGGGCCAAAGAGGUAGAAGAACGCUCAAGACUAAAUAGACAGAGUUCACCUGCCAUGCCUCACAAGGUCGCCAACAGGAUCUCUGACCCCAACCUGCCCCCAAGAUCAGAGUCCUUCAGCAUCAGUGGGGUUCAGCCUGCUCGGACACCCCCAAUGCUCAGACCUGUUGACCCCCAGAUCCCACAGCUGGUAGCUGUAAAAUCCCAGGGACCUGCCUUGACCGUCUCCCAGUCAGUGCACGAGCAACCCACAAAGGGCCUGUCUGGGUUCCAGGAGGCUCUGAAUGUGACCUCUCACAGGGUUGAGAUGCCACGCCAGAACUCAGAUCCCACCUCAGAAAACCCUCCUCUCCCGACUCGCAUUGAGAAGUUCGACCGAAGCUCUUGGUUACGACAGGAAGAAGAUAUUCCACCAAAGGUGCCUCAAAGAACAACUUCUAUAUCCCCAGCAUUAGCCAGGAAGAAUUCCCCUGGGAAUGGCAGUGCUCUGGGCCCCAGACUUGGAUCUCAACCAAUCAGAGCAAGCAAUCCUGAUCUCCGCAGAACAGAGCCUGUCCUGGAGAGCCCCUUGCAGAGGACCAGCAGCGGCAGUUCCUCCAGCUCCAGCACACCCAGCUCCCAGCCCAGCUCCCAAGGAGGCUCUCAGCCUGGGUCACAAGCAGGAUCUAGUGAACGAACCAGAGUUCGGGCCAACAGUAAGUCAGAAGGAUCACCUGUGCUCCCCCACGAACCUACCAAGGUGAAACCUGAAGAAUCCAGAGACAUCACCCGACCCAGUCGACCAGCUAGCUAUAAGAAAGCUAUAGACGAGGGAGAAAUGGACCUGACGGCAUUAGCUAAAGAAUUAAGAGAACUCCGGAUUGAAGAAACAAACCGCCCACUGAAGAAGGUGACGGACUACUCCUCCUCCAGUGAAGAGUCAGAGAGCAGUGAGGAGGAGGAGGAAGAUGGGGAGAGUGAGACACACGACGGGACAGUGGCUGUCAGUGACAUCCCCAGACUAAUACCAACAGGAGCUCCGGGGAGCAACGAGCAGUACAACGUGGGAAUGGUCGGGACACAUGGACUGGAGACCUCACACGCGGACACCUUUGGCACCAGUAUUUCCAGAGAAGGAACCUUGAUGAUCAGAGAGACGGCUGAAGAGAAGAAGAGAUCUGGGCACAGCGACAGUAAUGGCUUCGCAGGUCACAUCAACCUCCCAGACCUCGUGCAGCAGAGUCACUCCCCAGCCGGGACGCCCACCGAGGGCCUGGGUCGUGUCUCCACCCAUUCCCAGGAGCUGGACUCUGGGGCUGAAUAUGGCAUGGGAAGCAGCACCAAAGCCUCCUUCACCCCCUUCGUGGACCCCAGAGUGUACCAGACAUCUCCCACGGAUGAAGAUGAGGAAGAUGACGAGUCCUCCGCUACUGAAACCCAGAGGUAUCCCGGGAUGCUAGGAAAAGCGACCCUGCAGCGAUCUCCAAACACACCGCAUAUUUCUCAAAAACAGUUUCUGGCCCUCUUUACUAGUGAACUUCUUAGGCAAGAACAAGCUAAACUCAAUGAAGCGAGGAAGAUUUCCGUGGUAAAUGUGAACCCAACGAACAUUCGCCCUCACAGUGACACGCCUGAAAUCAGAAAAUACAAGAAACGCUUCAAUUCCGAAAUACUUUGUGCAGCUCUGUGGGGUGUGAACCUUCUGGUGGGAACUGAAAAUGGCCUGAUGCUGUUGGACAGAAGUGGCCAAGGCAAAGUCUACAAUCUGAUCAACCGGAGGCGCUUCCAGCAGAUGGACGUACUCGAAGGGCUGAAUGUCCUGGUGACGAUAUCGGGAAAGAAGAAUAAGCUGCGUGUUUACUAUCUUUCAUGGCUAAGAAACAGAAUACUGCACAAUGACCCGGAAGUGGAAAAGAAGCAGGGCUGGAUCACAGUCGGGGACCUGGAAGGCUGUAUCCAUUACAAAGUUGUUAAAUAUGAGAGGAUCAAGUUCUUGGUGAUUGCCUUAAAGAAUGCAGUGGAGAUAUAUGCUUGGGCUCCUAAGCCUUAUCACAAGUUCAUGGCGUUUAAGUCUUUUGCAGAUCUUCAGCAUAAGCCUCUGCUUGUUGACCUCACAGUGGAAGAAGGUCAAAGGUUAAAGGUCAUUUUUGGCUCACACACUGGUUUCCAUGUAAUUGAUGUUGAUUCUGGAAACUCCUAUGAUAUCUACAUACCAUCCCACAUUCAGGGCAACAUCACUCCUCACGCCAUCGUCAUCUUGCCCAAAACGGAUGGAAUGGAAAUGCUGGUCUGCUACGAGGACGAGGGGGUGUAUGUGAACACCUACGGCCGGAUCACAAAGGAUGUGGUGCUCCAGUGGGGAGAAAUGCCCACCUCUGUGGCCUACAUUCAUUCCAAUCAGAUAAUGGGCUGGGGCGAGAAAGCUAUUGAGAUCCGGUCAGUGGAAACAGGACAUUUGGAUGGAGUGUUUAUGCAUAAGCGAGCUCAAAGGUUAAAGUUUCUAUGUGAAAGAAAUGAUAAGGUAUUUUUUGCAUCCGUGCGAUCUGGAGGAAGUAGCCAAGUGUUUUUCAUGACCCUCAACAGAAAUUCCAUGAUGAACUGGUAACGGAAGAGCACUUGGCACUUAUCUUCAUGGUGUUCUUUCUAAUGUAAGAGAACAUAACUCAUGUGGACGUUUGCCAGUCUAGAGGCAGACUCAGAAGGCCUGGUUGAACAUCCCACUUUCCCGUUUCCUCUCCCUCCGUCCCUCCCAAUAGAGUCCCUCUUUCAGUGUUGCAGCCUGGUUAAGAAGGAGAGAAAGAGGUGGCAGGAAUGUCCGGGAGAUGCCGAGGAUGCUGCAUUGUCUGUGGACACAGUUGGACCUUGUGCCCUUCGGAGUUAGGGAUAGAAACAAAAUUGUGUGCUUUUAUGAUUAAGCUGUGUUUGUGCUGGCUUUUCAGUUCUUUUUGGUCUGGGAUUUUUUUAAACUUUUUUUUCUUUACCCCCUUAUUUUGUAAGAAUGGGGAAAGAAUGCAUACUGGGAAAUUAGACUUUUUUUUUUUAAUUCUGUCUGCCUGCUAGCUUAAAGUAUAUGGUAUGUUGUAAAAUCUCCAAUUCCCGGUAGUGAGAGACAGCACAAUAAAUGUACCUAAUCUUUCUGUACUGAAGGCCAUAACCGCAUUGUCGGGUAAUUUAAGAAUUCUCUUGCCUUCACCAACCCAAGAGGAUGUUUUGUUGUUGUUGAUUUUUUUAAUUGCUACUGGCUAAUGAAUUUUUGAAAGAGAAGCAAAAUAGCUGGUUUUCUCCUCUAUGGGGAAAUAGAUUUUAAAUGGCUAAGCUACUAGCCUUAACCUAAUAAAACCAACUGCUAUGUUGUGAGUCUGGCAGGCCAUAUUUUGAUAUGGCCCUUUCUGGAUGGAAGAUGUUGAAUGGGACAGAGAUGCCACUGAGUCACACUUGUGACUGUGGAGGGACUCUGGGAUGCCAUUGUCCCUCGAUUAUUAUGCAAGAGAUCAGGGCGAAACAUGGGAUGACAGGUGGGUCACCCCGAAGGAGCUUCUGAGAAAUGAGCUAAUAUGUCUAUGUAAAUACACAUGUGUUCUUUCUUCAAGGCACAAAGCGUCCCUACUAAGAGGUCCCUUCGUUUGGGCUUUGUUAGGACUGAGACUGAUGGAGAUCUUUCCUGGAGCUGGGGUUAACAUGACAGCCGUGCUCUGGAAACCCAGCUCCCUCCCAAGGGUGCCACUUUCUCAAGAUAAAAACUGUGACAAAGAAGAAUUACUAAUAAAAGUUUCUGAGCUGCCUGUGUUCGCACUGGGUCAAGGGACUAGACUCUCCAGCCUGCCCCAGACACUGCAGGCACCAACAGCUCAGACUUUAGGGGACCUGGAGGCAAGGCUUUGGCCAAAAUUCUGAGACCCUAAUCACGUUAUGUUCCUCUAAACUUCCCAACAUACUGUUAACAACAUCUGUGCAGAGGUGUGUAUGUGUUUAGUUCAGGUUGACUUGUGUCCUUCUAAACCCUUACUCGAAUGAUUUGACCCUUUAUGUGACUGGCUGGGAUUCUUCCCAAAGCUAUGAGCAUGGCCUCCUAUGGUAUCCAGGUGUUGCAAAAUGGUAUCUGUGCUGUGCUUCCUGUUUUAACCUACCUCGUUUUGUUUGGUUUCGUUUCUCUGUUCAUCGCAGCAGUGUUUUCUCCAGGAGACAUAUAGAGAGCUCAACUGGGCAAUCUCAGCUGUAUUGAAUAUUUCCAAAACAGUAGUUGACCAAAUUGUUCUUUAAAAAUUGGAGGGAGAAAAAAAAUCUCCAAUGACCAAAACCUAAUGAGGUUUGUUUCUAAAGAAUGCAAUUACUGUAAAUGGAUCAGAAAAAGAAAAACAAAGAUCGUGAUCCUACUGAUUUUGCCUAAACAAAUGAGCAGCUAGUGGACUAUUAAUGAGAACGAAGCAUAUGUUAGGAGAAUGGUACCUUAACCAUGGUGGUUUGGCCAAAGGGGAUGAGAAGGGGAAAUAUUUGGAGUUCCGACCUAUAGCUUAUUCUGUACUCCCUGAGGGUGAGGUCGUGUGCAGUUAUCUGAAGCAGGUAACACAUAGGUGUGCAAUGAGGGUGGUCUCCAGGCACCCCCAGGAUGAACCCAUCAUGGUCCCUUUAGCUCUCAGAAGCAAUGAAACCCUCCCGUUCUCAUUUUUACUGCUGGGGUUAUGCUGCUGAACAACACUGUCUUUACAAAUUCUAGGGGACAAAUUCAGCAAGAGCUCUGGGUUAAAUUUAGCAACUGCAAAAAUUGGAUGCUGAUAUGAACAUUAGAUAAUAGGGAUUUGGGUCUUGUCUCCAGACGUGAUUGCCACCAGCUCUUUAUAUUGCUGCUGUGACAGUUUGAACCAGAGGCUUCUUAAAUUAUGUUGCAAACUGAUCUUCGUUUUUAUGUUUUGUUUUGUUUCAUUCUUAUUUCUACGUGAUACAUCCAAAACACACAGCUUUAAAUGAUUUUUUAUUGUGGGACUUUGGGUACAGUUAAGAAAUAAAAGGGAAUCAUUGUGUUUAAACAUAAGGUAGUUUGUGAAUGUAUUUUUUAAAAUCUAGAUUCAUUGGAACAAAAAUCAUAAGAAAACAUAUUAAUGCCGUCUUGUUUACAGUAUGGACAGUGACAUAACAUAACAUGAGCUUUUUUCUGGUGCCAACAAAACAAAAUAAAACACAGAUGUUAAACAUCAAGCCAUGCCUUUUAUAUUUUUGUACAAAUAUUUUGCACUGAGCAUAAGGCAAAAUCAAAUCUAAAAGAGACCCGCAAAUCUCUGCCCCUUAAAACACAUUUAUAGAAUUCCUUGAAGCAGUUAUCUUCAAAAGUAAAUAUUCCAGUAGUUAUGACAGGUCUCAACCCUACCUUGUGAGACCUUGGUCAUGCAAAGUAGAAUGGUGCCCUUGUGGUUCAUCUUACAGUUUUCAAAUUUGGAGGUGGAUUUCCUUUUCUCUAUUUGUUCUUUUUUUCUGGUGGGUGUGAUCUCUUUACCUAUUGUAAUUUUAAAUUUCUUCUGUUUUUAUCUUGCCUUUUAAAAGGUUUGUUCCUAGAAAUUAUUCGGACUUCUGUUUUUCUACAAGAAAGAAGAGGCUUCCCCAAAUUAAGCUUUAGUACUCCUGUGCAUCCUCAACAUGCUAAAUUGCUGACCAUCAGCAAACCCACUGAGCGUGCUCACACCAUAAUGUGGGCGUAGGACCUAGGAAGAGACCACUGUGCUUAAGCGCCAGCCAGGACAUUGUAGCUUAGAUUCCUAUAUCCAGAGAAAGCUGGAGGUAGAUGGACUGGGAUGCCAUACAGAUCAUAUGUAGAAUCCCACAGCAUAAAAGCAACAGUUAUAUUGACUACCACGUGAAACCUAAUAGCUUUAGUUAGAGCUCAGUAACUUUCUCGAGGAAUUUUAUACUUUAAGACUUAGACUUGUUUGUAUGAUUAUGAUUCUUAUUCAGUAGGGUAAAGUCAGUUUGAGGCAAACUCUCAUGAGGCCACUAAGACAGGGUCCCCUUCUCUGUGAGUUCGAGACCAGCCUGGUCUACAAGAGCUAGUUCCAGGACAGGCUCCAAAACCACAGAGAAACCCUGUCUCAAAAAACCAAAAAAAAAAAGAAAAAAGAAAAAAAAAGAAAAAAGAAGACAGGAUCCCCUGCUUCUAAAGCAACCAUGGCUUUCUGGGAUGCACACCUAACAAACCUUGCACUGAGUGCACAUUUUUCAGAGUCAUUGUGGUUUCUGGUUGUCACUACUUCUAACAAUUCUCUGUGUGCUCUUGUGAUGCCCUGAUGGCUGUGUCUCUGGUCCCUCCUGUGCAGUAGUUUAGCAAGAGGUGUGAUACUCAGGCUGGAGCCAUCUGGGUUUUGUCUAUUGACAACGAAGGGCCGAAGUCUGACUUCACAGUCCACAGAGUUCUCCUUAAAAACUGCUCUCCCUGCUGUUUUUGUGUGUACGAGUUCAUGUCACUGCAUCCUCGAACCGUGCAAGCUCUCUGUGUGUGCUGUCUUGGAAAGUCCACGUGAACCGGCACCCUUGCCUCUGUGCUGACUGCUUGACGGUAUACAAUGUGCUGCAUCACUGCUAAGAAAGAAGAUAUAGGUGUUAGUGAGACUUUGACCUUAGCGUGCCGCAGGACAGCAUGAAGAAAGAAUCUGCCAUGCUCCAAACAUUCCAGAGACUCUCUGGUACUCGACAGUUGUAAAUUAGCAACUUAGUUUUAGUUCAUUCCCCCCUAAAAUUAAAUCUAAGUGUCCCAAGCAACUACACAUCUGAUGAACUAAGAACUUGCUUUCUCUGAGACUACACAAAAGACUAUGACCCAAAAUUUAACCCCAAAGUCUAAUUGUUCUUCGUUUACCGCCUGGGGUGUCUCAUCAAUGCCAUUGUAUUUGGCCUUGCUCACUGCAGCAGUAUGAGGAACCCUAACAUGAGCUGUCUUCCCAUGAGUCUCACACAGUGUGGCCAUAAAAUGAUCUCUUUUCCAGAUCCCAGCAGAGAGUAAAUGUCCCUCACCAUUCGCAGGUCCCGAGCUGACAGCAUCUCCGCUUUUGCCAAGAAUUCUCCAGUGCCAUCUUUAUUUCCAUACUGUGCCAUUGGCCUGGAAAUUUCU